GAGUUUGAGGUCUCUAUGUCUCAACUGGUCAAAGUGGAUGAGGUGAAUCAGAUUAUGGAAACCAAUCUGUGGCUGAGACACGUCUGGAAUGACUACAAACUGAAAUGGGCCCCUGUUGAGUACGACGGGAUUGAGUUCAUACGAGUUCCUUCCAAUAAAAUUUGGAGGCCGGACAUUGUUUUGUAUAACAAUGCUGUCGGGGACUUCCUUGUGGAAGACAAGACCAAGGCUCUGCUGAAGUUCGAUGGCACCAUCACCUGGAUUCCUCCAGCUAUUUUCAAAUCCUCCUGCCCCAUGGAUAUCACCUACUUUCCCUUUGACUACCAGAACUGCUCCAUGAAGUUUGGCUCCUGGACGUAUGACAAGGCCAAGAUCGACCUCGUGCUGAUUGGCUCAAAGGUAAACUUGAAAGACUUCUGGGAAAGUGGAGAGUGGGAGAUCAUUGACGCACCAGGAUACAAGCAUGACAUCAAGUACAACUGCUGCGAGGAGAUCUACCCGGACAUCACCUACUCCUUCUACAUCCGCCGCCUGCCUCUCUUCUACACCAUCAACCUCAUAAUCCCCUGCCUCCUCAUCUCCUUCCUCACGGUGCUGGUCUUCUAUCUGCCGUCUGACUGCGGCGAGAAGGUCACCCUCUGUAUCUCUGUCCUCCUUUCUCUCACUGUGUUCCUGCUGGUCAUCACUGAGACCAUUCCUUCGACGUCGCUCGUCAUCCCUCUGAUCGGCGAGUACCUCCUCUUCACCAUGAUUUUUGUCACGCUCAGCAUCGUCAUCACUGUCUUUGUGCUGAAUGUCCACUACCGCACCCCUAUGACUCACACUAUGCCAGAGUGGGUGAGGUCUGUGUUCCUUGGGGUGCUGCCCAGGGUGAUGCUGAUGAGGCGGCCCAUCGACCAGGGCUGCUUCUCCCCUGCCAGUAUUGCAGGAGGGACAGGAAGAGGAGGGAGCAGCGUGCGAAACAAAAAGAGAAAGAACAGCAUAGGAGGAGGAAGUGGCACAGGAAGUGUAAGCGUUGGGGGUAUAACUGGGGGCGUAGCGCUGGAUGUUGGGGCAGGGGCAGGAGGAGGAGCGGCUGCCUCAGCUGGUGGCUCCAUGAACUGUGUGGAGUACGGUGAGUUGAACCGGGACAUGAACAGGAGGUGCCCAUACAGAGGCAAAGAGGUACCGACUCCUGUCCCUCCCUCCAUGGUGCCACCUCCUCCACCUCCUCCACCUCCUCCUCCUCCUCCUCCCCCACCACAGGCACCCCCAACCCAGGGGCCCCAGGAAUCAGAGUUGCCCAAGGUGCCGCGGCCGUUGAAUGCUCCUUCGCCUAUCAGCGCUAUUGUUGCCUUCUCCGUGGUGUCGCCAGAGAUCAAGCAAGCCAUAGAGAGCGUACGGUACAUCGCAGAGAACAUGAGGACUCGCAACAAAGCUAAAGAGGUGGAGGACGACUGGAAGUACGUAGCCAUGGUCAUCGACAGGAUCUUCCUCUGGGUUUUUGUGACAGUGUGUGUGUUGGGAACAGUGGGACUCUUCCUCCAGCCACUUAUCAGCUUCUUCAAAUGA